CUUGCACGCACAAGAAACUACAACAAUGACGACUCCUACACAGAGUUCAGUGAACCUGUUAAGAUUACAGUAAAAGAAGGGAGACCACAUCCAGUACUGAGUGUAUCUCCACAGAACUGGCUGACUGAAGGAGACUCAGUGACUCUAAGCUGUGAGGUUACAGACUCCUCUACAGACUGGACAUUCAGCUGGUACACAGUUGUUCCCUACAGAGACGGAGUAACUGCAACACAAAAUAGUCAUUUCUCUGUAAUGUAUGUGGAGCUUCUCUCAGACAGCAGCAGAGGAUCUGGAGGCUCCUACACUCUCAGUCCUUCUGCUCUUCAUCACACAGGAGUUUAUGUGUGUAGAGGAGAGAGAGGAGAACCAGCCUUUUACACACUGUACAGCAAUCCACAGCCUCUAUGGAUCUCUGGUGAAUCUCCUCCAGUGUCUCUGAUCAUCAGUCCCAGCAGAACUCAACACUUUACUGAUGACUCUCUCUCACUGAGCUGUGAGGACCAGAGUAACUCUACUGGAUGGACAGUGAGACGAUAUACAGAGAGUAAAGGAGUGUUAGAUUGUUCACAGUGGGGAUCAGUUACAGGAUCUACGUGUAACAUCAGCUUCCUCUCCACAUCCUACACUGGAGUUUACUGGUGUGAGUCUGAAUCUGGAGAAAACAGUAAUCCUGUCAACAUCACAGUUCAUGAAGGUGAUGUGAUCCUGGAGAGUUCUGUCCAUCCUGUGACUGAGGGACAUCCUCUGACUCUACACUGUUUAUAUCGUAACACAAAUCCCUCAAACCUCCGAGCUGAUUUCUAUAAAGAUGGAUCAGUCGUCCAGAACCAGACUACAGGAGAGAUAAUCAUCCAUAAAGUCUCAAAGUCAGAUGAAGGAUUCUACCACUGUAAACACCCAGAGAGAGGAGAGUCACCGAGAAGCUGGAUCUCAGUCAGACGUCCAUCACAUGUAGAAGCUCCAUUCUCAGUGCUCAUGCUGAUCAGUAGUGUAGUGACGGCAUCUCCAUAUCUGCUGAUCACCAUCAUUCUGCUGGUCAAAUGUUACAGAGCUCGAGCUCACACUGAUGAAGACAGAAUUGAGAAUGCAGUCAUAGAGGAGUGAACAAAGUUCAUUUCCAAAAAGAGGAUGAAUUUACUGUCAAAUCAUUAUUUUAUUAUUGCUUAUUGCUUUGUGUGAAUUUUUAAAUAAUACA